CGCGUGCGAUCGGGGGUCUGGAAUCAGUAUGAUAGCUCGUAUGUGAAUGGUGUAUGUACAGAACACAAGUGUUGCGAGUCUUGCGACUGCUCUAUUGAUCUUCUCGAGAGACCCAGACCGAGAACGAGCAAGCGAGCGGUACAGUACAGGAGUGUGCUGUACACGAGGAAGGACGUAAAAGAGAGGAGAGGACACGAAACGGAGGACAAGGCUGAUCAGCCGGAGAGAGAGAGAGAGAGAGGAGAGGAGGACGAGGAAGAAAGAGAAGGACGUGGGGAGAAGUAGAAGAAGUAUCCAUUUCCCGUCUUUCGAUCGGUCGAUCCUGCUGCUUAUCGGUAGAGCAGGCAUCGAUCGGUAUCAGUGAAGCUUGGCAUGAUGGACUCGCUGGAUGCGGUGGUGACGCAGGUGCAGGCGCUGAGCGGAAGCGCCGAUGAUUGUGUGCAUUUAGCCGGGUUGUUGAAGCAAUCAGAGAGCGUGCUCGCAGUGCACGCGCCGCGCUUGCUAUAUGCUUUAGCAGCCCUGGACCCUGCCAAGCAUUCCCUUGGCUAUCUUUAUCUCCUCGAAGCACACUCAUCAGGCACUUUAUCAAAGGAACAAGCCGGGAGUUUCGUAGUUGCGGCAUCAAAUUUUCUUACUGUAUGUUCAGCAGAUCAAAUACGACUUGCCAUUGACAAAUUUAAUAUCCUUUGUCGAAGACUGAAGGAUCAGGCAAUGCAAAUGAUGGAGCCUAGUUGUGCAAUUCUACCACUGUAUGCAGCGAUUCGCAAAUCUCAGCCUUCCUCCGAGUACCUUACACCACUUCACGCCGAUUAUCUCCUGCUAUGCUUACUAUCGAAGUGCUACAAAGCAGGCCUUAAUAUUUUGGAAGAUGAUAUUUUUGAGAUUGAUCAGAAAAGAACUGGUCUAAUGCCACGUGAUUUUCUCCUGCAUUGUUACUAUGGUGGAAUGCUAUACAUUGGUCUCAAACGGUUUGGCAAGGCACUGGAGUUUUUCCAGCAUGCAAUUACUGCUCCUGCAACAGUGCUGAAUGCCAUUACAAUUGCAGCGUACAAGAAGUUUGUUUUAGUUUGUCUCAUUCACAACGGUCAGGUUCCACCGUUCCCAAAAUACACUCCCUCAGUCGUGCAAAGGAAUCUCAAGUCCUGUGCUCAGGAUUACUUCGAUCUAGCUAAUUUGUAUAACAGUCGAAAUAUCAUGGAUGUAAAACGCUGCGUCAAUGCACAUGAAGACGUUUUCAAAAAUGACACAAAUUUGGGGCUUGCAAACCAAGUCAUUGCUUCGCUGUACAAGCGUAACAUUCAAAGGCUUACUCAAACGUACCUUACUCUCUCGUUACAAGACAUUGCCGAUACCGUGCAACUUGAUGGACCAAAAGAAGCAGAAUUGCAUAUUCUCCAAAUGAUCCAAGAUGGCGAGAUUUUUGCAACAAUAAACCAGAAAGAUGGAAUGGUUAGCUUUCAAGAGGACCCCGAGCAGUACAACACUCGAAAAAUGGCUAACAUGCUUGAUUCUGAGAUCCAACAUAUCAUACGUCUUGCAAAGAAGCUGUCUUCUGUCGACGAGCAAGUUUUAUGUGAUCAAAAUUACUUGAGCAAGAUUGGCAAAGAUAGACCUCGGUACGAUCCCGAUGACUUCGAGCUUGUGCCACAGAAAAUGUACACUAAUUUGUGAGGCUGUCAAACCUGGUUGUUCGUAACUUGAUUCGGUUUCAAACCGGACUCUGCCUUGUGAUGACAUGGGGAAGCGCACUUCCUACUUAAUCAAGCUACUCUUCGCGGAUUAGUUCUAUGAGUUUGUCUUAUUAUGUCUUUCUGUCAUACACAUGUCUGUUUUGUGAAUAGCAUCAUUCUUUUGAGGAAGUGAUCUUUCUGCAGACAUGUGUUCCCAAGGCAACACUGAUGAGAAUUCUUCCUUACCAAUCUGAGCAUCUCUUGUCUAUUGGUACAAGUUACAAGUUCUGAUCACAAGUCAGUCGGUAAUUCCCACUCAUACACAACAUCUACUGUCACUCUUGUGGUUAGAAAGGUCUGUGAAUCCACUGUACUUUUGGAGCUGUCUCUUGCUGUUGAACUGGACGUUUCUGAUAUUAACUGCGAAUUCUCCGUAGCGGUUAUUGUAUUUUCUGAAAGAUCUACAUCACACUUGUCCUAUACGCACUUACAUAGAAACUAGCAAUUUGACAUCAUUAGUCUUAAGGGUUAUACCGUUUAGUAAAACUUUUUUUAAGAGCCUUUUGAGAUAUGCUAAGCCGUUGAGGGAUGAACAGUUGAUUAUUAUGUUAGCCUUGCUGGAUCGAAUGUAAAAUUGAGAGCCUUUUGAGAAAUGUUAAGCCGUUGGGG